CCCUGCUUCGCUCUCCCCACCAGUAUGGCCGUGUCCAGCCUCCAGUACACAAUGGGAAUCUCCAGCGGAUUCAAGGUCUACAUCCUGGAAGGUCAGCACAGUUCUCGGGACUCGGACCGCCUGCGACCGUUAUCCAGCCGCGGCAUCCCCGUCUACCCCAUAAAGCGCAAGUGCAGCCCGGAACCGCGCCAGCUGCCGAAGAGAGUGUGCCCUGCCAGCAGCCAGCCCAGGGGGAAGGUUCCACCGGCUCCAGUGAGUUCACAGUCCGUAGGAAGAGCGUUCCCCCCGGCGCCUGGUCCUCACGCCAGCCUGGAACAUGUUCUCCGAAGGCUGAUGCCGGACCGGAGACCGCUGGAGAUGAAGACGAUGGAUCAGAACCAGGACGAGCAGCCAUUGGCUUUAGUGAAGAGAAAGGAGAGGCCCGUGGACCCCGCAGUCCUGCUCCAGCAGAACCGACCCUCUGUUAUCACCUGCGUGUCCAAACCCAAACCGGCAGCGGCACUGUCCGCCGAGCCCCCGAGCCCCCUGCGGGAGAGCCAUAGACAAGUCUUCUCUCGAUCCCCUGAUGUGGAGGAGCAUUUUCGGAGGAGCCUGAUGUCUUCUUCCCCUCGCCCCAACGUUUCCCCCCCGCCGGCUCCAGCCAGGAAUCCCAGCGUUUCCGUGGAGGAUCAUUUUUCCAAAGCCCUCGGCUCCAGGUGGCUUCUCAUCCGGGCCGCGGCCGACUCUCCCUCUUCUCCAGAACACAGGAGCCUCCUCUCAUGAAACCAGCCCGAAAAAUCCCAGCCGGAACGGCCCCCCGGACUCCACGCUUUGUAAAUAUAUUUAUUGGCCCCCGAAGGAACUGCGUGUAACGGAUGAGAUAACUGUAUAUAAUUGGAUUAUUUUUUAAUAAAAUAAGUGGAAUAAA